AGUUUUCCAAAAUGUGCAUUGGAUUUAUUAAAAUUGCUACUUCACCCAGUGAAAAAUACAAAUUAAUUAUUCUGAACAAUAGAGAUGAGGAUUUGGACCGGCCGACUACUCCCAUUCACUGGCACGAUGGGAUGCUGAGUGGAGUUGACGAAAAAGAUGUGGCCCGUGGUACUUGGCUAGGAAUGGAUGCACAUGGAAAAGUCGGAAUGUUGCUUUCAAUCACCCAACCUGUCGACUCAAAACACAAAAAUGCGCCUAGCAGAGGUGGAAUUGUCAAUGAAUACUUGAAAAGUGGCACGGAUACAACUAAAUUUUACGAAAAUUUGCGAGAAAAUGCGGAAAAAUUCAAUGGUUUUCAGUUUGUUGGAGUUGAAAAAAAUCCCACAACUGGACUCUUCCACGUUCAAUCACUGACCAAUCAGCUGGUAGAUCAAAUUGAAAUUUCGAAAUGGAAUGAUAAAUUCCACGUGUUCUCCAACAGCCCGCCGCACGUUCCGUUCAAAAAAACCGAAUUCGGACUGAAAAUGUUCGAGGAAAAGCUGAAAAACACUGAUGAGAUGUCUGUGGAGCAGAUUUUCGAAAAACUUUUCGAAAUUGCAACGUGUCGGACAAGCUGCUUCCCGGAUGACCAAAUUCGUGCUCAAACAGGCUUCCCGGAGCACAUUUACAAGCCGUUAACGUCGAUUUUUGUGCGAUUUCCCGAAAUUCGGAGAUACGGUACCCGCUCCCAUACCCUAAUAGUGGUGGACCAAAACGGCCAGGUUACUGUACUGGAUAGACGCAUGGAGCCUGCGGAGAGCGUGGAAGAAUCCACGUGGCAUGACGAGAAGAUCACUUUUAAAUUGUGUUAAUUAUGAUAAAAAUAAAGUUUUUAUAGAU